AGAGAGAGAGAGAGGCGAUGGGCGUGUGAUUGGAUUGCUAUGGCUGUUGAAGAGACAUUAACAUAUAUAUGAGAGAUGAGAAGGCGAUGGAUAACGACACGAGGAGGAGGGGAAGCAGCAAAAAGCAAAAGCACUUACAGAGUUGUGUUGUUUUUCUUAGCUCACUUCAACGAAGAAAAGUUCUCAAAACCCUCUCAUUCUUUACUUGCCAUUGGAGAAACCAAAAGCUCCUCUAAUCAGUUGCCCCACCAAAGCAACAAAGAAUCCCAAUCUCUCUCUCUCUCUCUCUCUCUGUAUAUAUAUAUAUUCAUAAUUCUCGCUUUGCCAGAAUGAUUGCUGUUAUCUGUUUCCCAAGUAUUCAUUCCGCAAGGGUAUUGUCCUCUGAGAGACACAGACACUGUUAUUGGCAGUGGAUGAGAUGGCAGCGCCCAGGACUACUGCUGGGAAUCCGCCGGCGUCGCAGCGGUCCAUGUUGAGGUCGACGACGAGGGCUUCAACGACGGACGAUCCCUCCGCCGAGGAGAACGCCGCCGUGGACAGCGAGAUCGUGCCUUCGUCCCUCGCUUCAAUCGCUCCUAUUCUGCGUGUCGCCAAUGAGGUCGAGAAGCAAAAUGAUAGGGUUGCUUAUCUCUGUCGCUUCCAUGCAUUUGAGAUAGUUCAUCGACUGGAUCCACAUUCAAAUGGACGUGGUGUUCGCCAAUUUAAGACCUACUUGUUACAUAGACUUCAAAAGGAAGAAGUGGAGACACAACGUAAGCUCGCAAGAAGUGACCCAAGAGAAAUCCAGAAAUUUUUUCAGCAUUUUUAUCAAACAGAGAUCAGAGAUGGCCAAAAUACAAAACCCCCGGAGGAGAUGGCUAAGGUUUAUCAAAUUGCAACGGUAUUGUAUGAUGUGCUGAAGACAGUGGUACCCAUUGAUGGUAUUGAUGAAGAGACAGAAGAAUAUGCCAAAGAAGUUGAGAAGAAAAGACAACAUUAUGAACCCUACAAUAUUCUUCCCUUAAAAGCUGUUGGGGUUAAACCAGUAAUUAUGGAACUUCCUGAGAUCAAAGCAGCUAUUCGAGCUCUGCAAAUGGGUAAUCCUCAUGAGCGAGGAAUGCCUCAAGACAAGGAUAAAUCUUUUGAUGUUCUUGAUUGGCUUUCUUCUGUUUUUGGGUUUCAGAAAGGAAAUGUGGAAAAUCAGAGGGAGCACUUAAUAUUUCUUCUUGCAAAUAUUGAUGUAAGGAAAAAGAAAACAGAAAAUUAUGUCCAGUUGGAUAGUGUGACUGUAAGAUCUCUGAUGGAUAAAAUUUUCAAGAACUAUAGGUCAUGGUGUGACUAUUUGCACUGUGAACCAAAUCUUCUGAUUCCACCAGGUUCUGAUAAACAACAGCUACAGCUUAUUUACAUUGGACUUUAUCUUCUUAUUUGGGGGGAAGCUUCAAAUGUCCGAUUUAUGCCCGAGUGUCUUUGCUACAUUUUUCACAGUAUGGCGGGGGUGGUUCAUGGAAUUUUAUUUAGCAAUGCUCCAGUCAAUAGAGGCACAUAUUCAACAGCACUAUAUGGUGAAGAGUCUUUUCUGCAUGAAGUUAUAACCCCUAUUUACGAGGUCAUGCGCAAGGAAGCGAGGAGAAACAAAGGUGGCAAAGCAAGUCAUUCAGCAUGGAGAAAUUAUGAUGAUUUAAAUGAAUAUUUCUGGUCUCAGAAAUGCUUUAAAUUAAGUUGGCCAAUGGACCCCAAAGCCGAUUUUUUUGUGAACUCCAGUGAGAUAAAGGUUUCAGAUGCGAGGCGAAACCAGGUCACUACAGGGAAGAGGAAGCCUAAGACAAAUUUUGUUGAAGUCCGCACAUUUUUGCACCUCUAUAGUAGCUUUGACCGAUUGUGGAUAUUCUUUAUAUUGGCUUUCCAGGCUAUGGUAAUUGUUGCAUGGAGUGGAUCUCUGACUAACCUUUUCAAUGAGGAUGUCUCCAGACAUGUUUUGAGCAUUUUCAUUACUUCUGCUUUUCUCAAUUUUUUGCGAGCGACUCUAGAUAUAGUCCUUAGUUGGAAUGCCUGGAGAAGCUUGAGAUUUACUCAGAUACUACGCUACCUCCUGAAAUUUGCAGUUGCAGCCUUUUGGCUUGUUGUCCUGCCAAUGGCUUAUUUCAAAUCUGUGCUGAAUCCAACAGGAUUGGUGAAAUUCUUCAGUCAAUGGAUAGGGGAUUGGCAAAAUCAGUCAUUUUAUAACUAUUGUGUUGCUAUUUAUUUUAUACCAAAUAUAUUGGCUUCCUUGCUAUUUUUCUUCCCACAUUUACGGAGAUCCAUGGAGCGCUCCAAUUGGCGUAUAGUUAUUCUUAUGAUGUGGUGGGCUCAGCCAAAGCUCUAUGUUGGAAGAGGAAUGCAUGAGGGCAUGUUCUCUCUUCUGAAGUAUACUCUCUUCUGGAUUUUGCUGCUGAUAAGCAAGUUAGCAUUCAGCUACUUUGUUGAGAUACUGCCAUUAGUUAAACCAACAAAGGCAAUCAUGGGGAUCCGAGUCACUAGCUAUGAAUGGCAUGAGUUCUUUCCAUAUGCGACUCAUAAUAUUGGUGUUGUUAUUGCUAUAUGGGCUCCAAUUGUACUGGUCUAUUUCAUGGAUACACAAAUAUGGUAUGCUAUAUACUCAACAAUUUUUGGUGGUAUUCGUGGUGCUUUCAGCCAUCUGGGUGAGAUACGAACGCUCGGGAUGCUAAGGUCCAGAUUUGAUUCUGUGCAUUUAGCUUUCACUGAACGUCUUGUGCCAUCUACAGAAGACGAAAGGAAAGCACAUCACACGCAGGGUGAUUUAUCAGAUAGAAGGAACAUUGCAAAAUUUUCUCUGAUGUGGAAUGAGUUCAUAUUUUCCAUGCGCAUGGAGGACUUGAUCAGUGAUAGAGAAAGAGAUCUGAUGCUUUUACCAUCUUCAUCAAGUGGAGUCACUGUUGUCCAGUGGCCUCCUUUCUUGCUUGCUAGCAAGAUUCCUAUAGCACUGGACAUGGCAAAAGACUUCAAGGGAAAGGAGGAUGCUGAUUUGUUUAAGAAGAUUAAGAGUGAUGAGUAUAUGUAUUCAGCAGUGAUUGAAUGUUAUGAGACCUUGAGAGAUAUAUUGCACAGUCUGCUGAAAGAUCCAAGGGACAAGCAGAUCGUUGAGGAAAUAUGCUCUCAAGUAGAAAAUAGUAUCCAACAUAAACGUUUUCUUAUUGAAUUUCGAAUGAGUGAGAUGCCAUUGCUCAGUGAUAAGCUUGAGAAGUUUCUAAUAAAUUUGGUAGAGGAAGAAGAAGAUGCUGCACUAUACAAAUCCCAAAUAAUCAAUGUCCUCCAGGAUAUUAUUGAGAUUAUCAUUCAGGAUGUUAUGCUUAAUGGGCAUGCGAUCCUGCAAAGUGUUCACCCGCACAUUCCAGAUGAUCAGAAUGAGAAAAAAGAGCAGAGGUUUGAAAAGAUUAAUGUUGACCUGAGACAAUAUAGAUACUGGAAAGAAAAGGUUCGUAGGCUCCAGUUGCUUUGGACUGAAAAGGAAUCUGCCAUAAAUGUGCCAAUCAAUCUUGACGCUCGCCGCCGUAUCACUUUCUUCACGAACUCUUUAUUUAUGAAUAUGCCAAAAGCUCCAAAAGUUCGUGACAUGCUCUCUUUUAGUGUCUUAACUCCCUAUUUCAAUGAAGACGUCCUUUAUUCUGAGGAGGAAUUUAGGCGGGAAAAUGAGGAUGGAAUUACAACUCUGUUUUACCUUCAAAAGAUAUAUCCUGAGGAAUGGGACAACUUUGAUAAGCGCAUAAAUAGUCCAGAAUAUCAAUAUCAUACUAAUAAAUACAAGAUGGAAUUACUUCGGCAAUGGGUGUCUUACAGAGGGCAGACACUUUCUAGAACAGUCAGGGGAAUGAUGUACUACAGGCAGGCUCUUGAGCUUCAGCACUUUCUGGACUCUGAUGAAGACAGUGCUAUUUUGAGGGGCUACCGGACCAUUGACACACAAAAUAUGGCUAAUAAAACUAUCUUGGAACAAGCAAAAGCUUUGGCAGAUCUGAAGUUCACAUAUGUUGUAUCUUGUCAGAUCUAUGGUGCUCAGAAAAAAUCUAGUGAUCCUCGAGACAGAAGUUGUUACGCUAACAUUCUAAAUCUCAUGUUAACGUAUCCAUCUCUACGUGUUGCUUAUAUAGAUGUGCGAGAAGAAACUGAUGAUGGAAAAUCUGAGAAGGUUUAUUACUCUGUUCUCCUCAAGGGUGGGGACAAGUAUGAUGAGGAAAUAUACCGUAUCAAGCUUCCAGGUCGUCCAACAGACAUUGGAGAAGGCAAGCCUGAGAAUCAAAAUCAUGCCAUAAUUUUCACUCGUGGAGAAGCUCUACAGAGCAUAGACAUGAAUCAGGAUAACUACCUUGAAGAAGCUUUCAAAAUGAGGAAUGUGUUGGAGGAACUUUUGAAAAGCCAUCAUGGUCAGCGAAGACCAACAAUAUUGGGUCUAAGGGAGCAUAUUUUUACUGGAAGUGUUUCGUCACUUGCCUGGUUCAUGUCAAAUCAGGAGACUAGUUUUGUGACCAUUGGCCAGAGAAUGUUGGCAAAUCCUCUAAGGGUGCGCUUUCAUUAUGGGCAUCCUGAUAUAUUUGACAGAAUCUUUCACAUAACAAGGGGUGGCAUUAGCAAAGCUUCCAGAAUCAUCAACUUGAGUGAGGACAUAUUUUCAGGUAUCAAUUCAACUCUACGUGGUGGAUAUGUAACACAUCAUGAAUAUAUACAAGUAGGCAAAGGGCGUGAUGUGGGAAUGAACCAGAUAUCUCUUUUUGAGGCUAAGGUUGCAAAUGGAAAUGGAGAGCAGACACUUAGUCGUGAUGUUUGCCGACUUGGGCGCCGGUUUGAUUUCUAUAGAAUGUUAUCAUUCUACUUCACAACAGUUGGUUUUUACUUUAGUAGCAUGGUUACGGUGCUUACUGCCUAUGUUUUUCUAUAUGGUCAUGUAUAUUUGGUUCUGAGUGGAUUAGAGAGGCGAAUAUUGGAGGACCCAACUAUUCGUCAAAGCAAGGCCCUUGAAGAGGCUUUGGCAACCCAGUCCAUCUAUCAGCUGGGGUUGCUGCUGGUGCUGCCAAUGGUUAUGGAAAUUGGUCUUGAGAAAGGUUUUCGCACUGCCCUUGCUGAUUUUGUUAUUAUGCAGUUGCAGCUGGCCUCUGUCUUUUUCACGUUCCAGCUUGGAACAAAAGCCCAUUAUUAUGGCAGAACAAUAUUGCACGGAGGUUCUAAAUACCGAGCUACUGGCCGUGGAUUUGUUGUUUUCCAUGCCAAGUAUGCUGAUAACUAUAGGAUGUAUUCACGAAGUCACUUUGUAAAAGGGUUAGAGCUGGCUAUAUUGUUGGUUGUUUAUGAAGUUUAUGGGCAUUCAUAUCGCAGUUCAAGUUUGUAUUUGUUCGUCACUUUCUCAAUGUGGUUCUUGGUCUUUUCCUGGUUGUUUGCUCCUUUUAUUUUCAAUCCAUCCGGAUUUGACUGGCAGAAAACAGUGGAUGACUGGACUGACUGGAGGAGGUGGAUGGGCAAUCGUGGUGGUAUUGGUAUCUCACAGGAUAAAAGUUGGGAAUCCUGGUGGGAUGGAGAACAGGAACACCUGAAAUUCACAAAUAUAAGGGGAAGGGUGUUCGAGAUAAUCCUUGCAUGUCGCUUCUUCAUUUUUCAGUAUGGAAUUGUCUAUCACCUUGAUAUAUCUCAUGGCAAUAAAGACAUUCUGGUUUAUGGACUUUCUUGGGUUGUGAUGGCAAUAGUUCUUGUAGUCUUGAAGCUGGUAUCAAUGGGCAGAAGAAGGUUUGGCACUGAUUUUCAGCUGAUGUUCAGGAUACUUAAAGCACUUCUAUGCCUUGGCUUCGUGUCCGUGAUGACUGUCCUAUUUGUAGUAUGUGGUCUCACUGUGAGGGACUUGUUUGCUGCCCUCCUUGCUUUUCUUCCCACGGGGUGGGCCUUUCUUCUGAUCGGCCAAGCAUGUAGGCCAUGUCUGAAAAGCAUGAGAGCCGGAAUGUGGGACUCAGUGAUGGAGCUGGGAAGAGCAUAUGAAUUCGUGAUGGGGUUGAUAAUAUUCAUGCCCAUAGUGGUUCUCUCCUGGUUCCCAUUUGUGUCUGAAUUCCAAACUCGACUGCUCUUCAAUCAAGCAUUCAGCAGAGGCCUCCAGAUCUCAAUGAUUCUUGCUGGGAAGAAAGACAAGUCCCCCCCACCCUCCACUUGAAUUAAACUUACUCUUCUUCCUUCUUCUUCUUCUUUGUUUUAGGAACCAAAACAAUAUAAUAUAUAUAUAUAUGUAGUUACUUACAUGUGUUGUAUAUAUACACUCUAUAACCAUAACUGAUCUGUUGUUAUGUUUUACAUUCUUCUCCUGGAGACAGACAGAAAUAGUGACUGAAGUUGUGGAAGUUACAUUCAAAUAUUGCCAUGUCCCCUCCCCUUUCCUCUCUUGCAUAUUGAUGUAAUGUAUUU